AUGGCCUCAUCUGCCGUUGUAUCGAAGCUAAUUGAAUGGCUCGAGUCCAAUGGAACUACUGACAGUUUGUUGGCAAUUCGAUACCUCGGCGAGUACGAAGGCCAUGGCGUGUUGGCAAAGCAGACGCUGCCCUGCGGUCAAGUGACAUUGCAGGUCCCUUUCAAGCUCACCAUGACGGUCGAGUCUGCCGCUCGAUCUGACCUUGCAGCCGUGCUCGAGAAAUAUCCGCAGAUCUCGUCCGACGAAGUGCUCGCACUGCAUGUAAUGCACGAGCGCAACAAAGGCACACGAUCGUUCUUUGCCCCGUUCCUCGCGUCGCUACCGACUACGUUCGACUUGCCUGUUUUCUGGUCAGAUACAGAGCUGAAUGAGCUCAGAGGCACAAAUGUGUUGCUGCUGACGCGGCUGAUGCAACAACAACUGGAAAGGGACUUUCAAACCAUUCACCAAGAAGUGACCAAAGCGUUUCCCGAUAUUUUUGCGUCGCUGCCAACACUGACGUUGGAGGAUUAUACGUGGGCCAUGAGUGUGAUCUGGAGUCGCGCGUUUGGUGUCAACAGGGGUGGAAAGUACUUGCGUCUACUCUGUCCAGCGAUGGACAUGUUCAAUCACGACGUGAGCCUGUGCAACCCGCUGGAUGACUUUGUUUCGUUCGAUGACGAGAAGCAGAUGAUGGUCCACCAUGUACCGACCGAAGUCACGAACGGCAAUGCCGUGCACAUUAGCUAUGGACAAUACUCGAAUGCGAAGCUGCUGUAUUCAUACGGCUUUGUCGCGCAAGGCAAUCCUCGACGAGCAGUGGACUUUUGGGUAAAGGUCCCGCCAGCAGAUCCGUAUCGGAAGCUGAAACAAACCAUUUUGGAUGCUAACGAUCUCACAAGGGAACAGACGUACGACUUUUGUGGGACCCUCUUCCGAAAUGACGUAGACGAGAGGCUACUAGCUACCUUGCGCGUGAUCUUGAUGAACGAGCAAGACAUGCAUCUGUACAAAAAGGCUUUCAUGUUAUCAAUGAUCAGCGUUCACAACGAAUUGGCCGUCUACAACAAUCUACAAAAUGCCUGUCGCCGCAAACUCGAGACGUUUCCAACAACGCUCGAAGAGGAUGAGGCGAUUCUGACCAAUGCAACGGAGAAGUCGAGCAUCCGUUUAUUGCUUGCAGUUCGUGUGCGCAUCGAAGACAAACAAGUGUUUGCAGGAGUUAUCGACACAAUCGAACGAUGGAAACAUGCUCUGGCCACUUGUCCGGAGACGUAUCCACCCAGCACCACAAGGAUGUCGACUCGUUGA